CGUUAUUUUAAAAUCAUUGGUUACCAAACUUGCAUCAAUGAAUCUUUAAACGCCAGAAAACUCGUGGUCCAUGAAACCAAACAUUGAAGACAAAUCGUUUGCUUUCUAAGUACUGUCUGCCUGGCACUAUUUUAUGCUAAACGAGAUAUAUUAUCUUCCAUUUCACGAAAUUCAUCGUUUUGUUUUUGUUUGAUCGGAAAAGAAUGCUUUGCAACAAAGGGAAAAUAACGAAUGGUUCUAAGACAAUGUCUUAAAUUAGAUAUGGGAUCAAAAUUAAGGCCUAUCUAAGUUAUCAUAAUGUGUAUCAAAAAUAUAACUUCUUGUAUACAUAGAACAUAUGUACAAGUUGUUCUUCAUCAUCCUUUAUUCGUAAAUCAUCAUCAAUUUGCUUGCAAUAUCGGGACAUGAGUAAAUCCUUGCAACUCAUUGUCACCGUUCUAUGUAUUUUCACCAUCCUCGUUCUAGGGGAGAUAGGGAUGGCAAAGGGACAGCCACUGGAGAAAAGGUGUGAUGAGAUCCUAACACGGGGAGAAUGUGAACUUGACAUAUGUGCCUUUGCAUGUGCACUCAAGAGACAUGGCAAGGGUGGUUGCAUUGAAGAAGCCCACGAUCCUCGCCCCAAUUGCGUUUGCAAUUAUACUUGCUAACGCUCUUAAUAUUUGUACUUCAAUAUUAAUGAAAACCCUUAAAUCAUAUAUAUAUAUAUAUAUAUAUAUAUAUAUAUGUUAUGGUAA